ACCAGUCGGCAGUGUAGUGACGAAGAGAGAGUUAAAGAGAACAGAAACACAUUGAUUACCAGUCAGUACUCAACGUUCACCCGAACCACACCGGGAACUGACAUGGUCCCUGCUACUGAGGACAUGUGGAGCACUGGAGUGAUGUUCUGAUCGCAAAGUCUUUAGUGGAAGAGAUUCCUGUAUUGUAACUGGCUUCUGCAAAGUUUGGAGGAAGCUGAGAAGUGGUGGGUGAAAAAGAAAGAGCUAGAGUGGUGGAGGUCGUGAGGGUGAUAAAGCGAUCAAAUACAGAGAUGGGGACACUAACAGCUGAGUCAGCUACGGUGGAUGAACUGGUGGACGCCUGCAUUAAUGCUUUCGAUGACACAGGGAAGUUAAAGGACUUACCAUUGGUGCGGAUGUUUCUCAUGAUGCACCCCUGGUACCUUCCGUCCACAGAUCUUGCCAAGAAACUCCUGUUCAAGUCUCAGGAGGAAAGCUGCACUGCUGAGCUCAGGAGUCAAAUCUGUUACCUUGUCAAGUUUUGGAUCUCAGAGUUUCCAGCUGAGUUUAAUCUUAAUCCCGCUUUAGCUGAACAGAUCAGGUAUUUGAGGGAUCAGGUCAAUACAGAGGGUAACGAGAGAGAGAGCCAACUCAUCGAUGUAGAGAGUGUGCCCUCAUAUAAGUGGAAGCGCCAGGUGACCCAGCGUGUUCCUUCAACAUCAAAGAAGAGGAAGAUGUCACUUCUUUUUGAACAUCUGGAUGCACUUGAACUUGCUGAACAUCUCACCUACCUGGAGUACAAGUCAUUCUGCAAGAUACUGUUUCAGGAUUACCACAGUUUUGUGAGGCAUGGUUGUACAGUGGAUAAUCCAAUUCUGGAGAGGUUCAUUACGCUUUUCAACAGCAUAUCCCAGUGGAUCCAGCUCAUGGUGCUGAGCAAACCCACCGCCCAGCAGCGUGCUGCUGUCAUUAGUCACUUUGUAAAAGUUGCACAGAAACUGUUGCAGCUACAAAACUUUAACACUCUAAUGGCGGUGGUUGGAGGUCUAAGUAACAGCUCCAUCUCCAGACUCAAAGAUACACAAGCCCAGAUCAGCAAUGACACCAACAAGACUUUUAACAUACUAUUAGAUCUGGUAACAUCAUGUGGGAACUACAGUCAGUACAGGCGACGCUUCUCAGAGUGCUCAGGGUUCCGGUUUCCGAUCUUGGGUGUUCACCUGAAGGAUCUGAUUGCAGUGCAUGUGGCACUGCCUGACUGGACAGAUGAAGAGAAAACUCACGUUAACCUCACCAAGACCCAGCAGCUCUACUCCAUCCUGCACGAACUGGCACUGGUUCAGACCACGCCACCCAACAUAGAUGGCAACAAUGACCUACUCAACCUUCUAACAGUAUCACUGGAUCAGUAUCAUACAGAAGAUGAAAUAUACCAGCUCUCUCUACAAAGGGAACCUCGAAGUUCCAAGCCAGCUAACUCAAACCCCACCCCUAACCUUGCGACUAAGCGACCGUCGAUGGUUGACGAGUGGGCAGCGUCAGUGAAGCCCAAAGCGGAUCCUGCCAUCAUCACCAAACACAUCGAGAAGAUGGUUGAAUCCGUCUUUAAGAAUUUUGACACGAAUGGGGACGGCUAUAUUUCCCGUGAGGAGUUUGAGAGCAUCCAGAAUAAUUUUCCAUAUCUCAGCAAGUUCGGAGAGCUUGAUGCAAACCAGGAUGGGAAGAUCAGCAGGGAAGAGAUGAUAGAUUAUUUUAUGAAGGCCAGCUCUCUGCUGAACUGUAAGAUGGGCUUUAUUCACACGUUUACAGAGACCACUUAUGUCAAGCCCACUUUCUGUGAACACUGCGCCGGCUUUAUAUGGGGGUUUUAUAAGCAAGGAUACAAGUGUAAAGUAUGUGGUGUGAACUGUCAUAAAGCGUGUCGAGCUCGGCUGGUGGUGGAAUGUCGCAAGAGGACGAAGAGCAUCAGUUAUGAGACUCCUCCCGCCCUUCAAGCUCGAUCUCACAGCUUUCCUCCUCCAUCUAAUGCACACACCAAUCUUCAGGAUACAGUGAUCGCAGAAGAGGAUGCAGAAGCCGUGGGAGAGAGCAUGUAUGACGUUCAUCUAUAAUCUAGGUACAAGACCUUUCCAAAAUUUAUUUGCAGCAUGAUGUCACAUAAACAAGCUUGAGCAACCAGGGAAAGCCACAGAUUGGACUGGAUGCUUGGUUUGUGCACUAGUCUCGAAGGCUAUUUGUGGCUGCCUUGUGGAGGAUGUAUAGGAAACACAACAGAAUUAAAUACACAAGCUUUCGACGAGACUACGAAUGCAGUUCGACUACAAGGACCAAACUGGCUUGUUCAGCAGCUUUGAGAAUAAAAUUAUGUCAGCAUGCUUCCAUCUUGUGGACGAAACCAGCAAGUGUCCUGCACAGCUGCCACUUCUUCCUCAUCUUCAAUGUGAUAGUAGGAUUUUUUAUAUAUGCAUUACCUAGCUGUCAUUGCAAAAAUGGGUUCCUGGUUAUAUUAAGGUAAAAAGAAAUAUAGCUGAAAUAAUAUAUUGGGAGACAGAACAUUGAAUAUUCCUACAAAGAAAAACAUUGUUUAUCUGUACUGUACAUCUGGUUACUAUAAUCUAAAGGUGCUAAGAUGUCUACAGAUCAGUAAGAAGCACUUGUAUUUCCUCUCUUAAGUUGUUUACUAUUUUAAAAGCUAGAUAAUAUACGUUUAUACAAUAUAUUAUGUAUUUUAAAGCAGUCUGUGUAAAAAAACAAUACAUCACAAAAACACACAUGCUAAUGAAUGAAAUCCUGGCAUGCUAUUUUUUUGUAAAUUCAUAUUUCAUGUUUAAGUCUAGUUCACAAAUAUGACAAACAAAAGAAAAAAAAAGGAGAAAAGAAAGAUGUACAUUAUCAUAACAAUAUAAGUCUGAGUGAUGUUGAAGAAUAUUUUUUAUCUUGGUAGUUUUUAUAACAAAUGUUAUAACAUAUAUAAAAUCCCAGUUAUCAGAACCUCACCAAUAACUGAGCGAUGAAUGUAGACAAUCCAGAUGAUAUUAUCAUAAACAUUUUUUAAAUGUUAAGGGUGUUGUAUUUUGGUUGUGCCGUAUGUCCUUGUGUAACCCAAGUGCACUAAAAUGUUUUUGCCAAAUUAUGCUAAUCUUGGUAUAUAAUCUAAUGUUUAAUGGUGUAAUUGUUACAGUGUAAUAAUUUAUUGUGCUUGUAUCACAUUGUCUUUUAAUAGACUAACGGUAAAAAUGAAGUAUAAAUGUAA